AUGGCGACAUGGAAACACCAGCGGCUGCCAUCAGCAUCAGCUCGUGUUGCAACUGUUGAGAAGGUGCAGGGGGCAACAGAGCCGCCUGGCGAAACAAGCUUUUCUAGCACGGCCAGGGUUUUCAGCCUCCUAUCGCCACCACCCUUCCUCAACGACACCGACAAUGAAUCUACCUGCUUAUCAUCGCAAGUCGAUCCCACGAUACCCCUUGGGUAUCAAUCAUUGGAGAUUGUGCACCGCCAUGCUUGGAUGGCCCAUUUAUACCCACUGCAAACUUAUCUGGGCUUCCUCAACGAGGAUAACACCGAGCUUGUGGUACAGCACGUCCACUUUUCUGGCGUCUCGACUACUCCACUCCCGCAGCUGCGUCCCUGCACCAGUUUGGUUGCAUUCUCGGGGCCUUGUCGUGCAUCUCUGGUGUUCCCGAUCUCCCAGGUUCCCUGCAUCAAUCGCUCCACAACGCUUCUGAAUGAGCUUACGAACAACCACACCGAACCUUCUGGCCACGCAACUCGACAAGUAAAACUGGGGCUCUUGGCAGAUUUCGCGGCGUUGGGAUCAACUUUGGCCUUGCUUGCCCUCCGAAAAUACGUGCAUGGGCGGCUAAGAGAUUCCACGUGCGAUAUACCAUCUAUCCACCGUGCGAAGAUAGUCAACAAUCCACUAGUCAUUGCCAUACGCCAUACCUUGCGGCUUGCUGAAGAGCGAGGUCCACCUAUACAUAGCCUCCGCACUGUACAUUACGAUAUGGAUCCCACGCAAAGUUCCGGACCAUCUCAGCAGACUCCGUUCGACACGGAAGACAAUAUGUCUGCCCCUCCAGGUCGAAAACGCGUCGGAUUCAUCGCAGAAGAUCCAGCUUUACGACCUUCCUCGACGGUGUCUCCCCUUGAUACUGGUUCUGCUGGCCACAACACGCCGCUUCAGCGUUCGGAUGUAUCACAUGACGACCUCCAGAAGAUGCGGGAGUCUUUACGAUUAGCCCUUGGCCCGGAGUACCCAGAGGAUGUUCAGGAGCCAGUUGCACCCCCAAAAGAUGUUCAGAGACCUCGACCAGCGAUUCGGAAAGCUGCACGUAACCCCCCCGAAUUCCUCCUGAAUGAUGAGCCAGCAGAUCCCUUUGACGACGACGAAGAUGCUGCACAACCGUUACCGGGAGCUGGAUUGAAAGAAAGAUCCGGCCUUGCAGCUCAAAGACGCGCAGCAAGGCUGUCGAAAUCCGUAGGCACUUUCUCUGCCCCAGUGUCACGCCGCAAUUCGCACGAGUUAUUGUCACCCCCUACAGAGCUACAGCACAUGGCCCAAGCUUAUGAUACGGUAGGAGACACCACUGACGAAGAUGAAGAUCCGCAAUUCCUGAAACGGGCUUCAAUGCUUCUACGUCAGCACACCGUGCGUGCAGAUCAUGGACCGCCGUCGAUCAACAGCGAUGAUAUGUUAUACCAUACAGAUGUACCUCUCCAAUCUGGUCAGGUGACCCCGGACGCCAUCGACAUUGAGGACGAGCAUGUCUCCCGUCCUUCGAAAUAUCGCACCGGCGUGUUAGGUACUCUUCUGAAGGCCCAGAACGUUGUGAACGCACCAAUGAGCCAUGUCAUCAAGCCACCGGCCAAGCCAGGCCAUGUACGAACGCUCAGUGGUGGUACCUUCAGUGGAGCAUCUACAGCCGCCAGCUCGCCCAAUCCCUCGCCUCCUACGUCUGGCUACUCGACACCACGUGGCGGACGCCCAUGGUUCGGUCGACACCAUAAUAGCCAUUCCGCAACAUCUAUAUCGCAAUUGGUUGGCGCUUCAGCUCACAGCUUUGCGACCCCGGCACAAAAGGAGCUUGGCCAUGAAUUCGAUGAGCAGAUCAAGAAGGUUCGGCCAGGUAUGGGCAAACGGUCCAAGUCCGACGAGUCAAUCUUGCCUUUCAAGAGAGCGAAGCGUCGCGAGAACGCGAUCAAGAUCAAGAUCCAUCUGGCUGGCACUUUAGCUAGGCAGAACUAUCUGCGUAAGCUGUGCAGAGCACUCAUGAUGUACGGCGCGCCAACACAUCGACUUGAAGAAUAUCUCAACAUGUCAUCGCGUGUCCUGGAAAUCGAGGCACAAUUCCUUUAUAUGCCGGGAUGCAUGAUCAUUGCCUUCGAUGACUCUUCUGUCCAUACCAGUGAAGUCAAACUUGUCCGGACAAGCCAGGGGGUUGAUCUUGGCAAGCUGCGUGACGUUCACGAAAUAUACAAAGAUGUGGUUCACGACAGAAUCAACGUCGAAGAAGCCACGCCACGACUAGAAGCUAUUAUGGCUCGCAAGAACAAGUUUUCACGCUGGCUUCGGGUUCUAUGUUACGGUCUUGCCUCGGCCACGGUCGGUCCGUUCGCGUUCCAGGCUCGGUUUAUCGACUUGCCAUUUUGCUUCCUCCUUGGAUGCAUCAUUGGCUGGCUGCAGCUCAUUGUCGCUCCAGGCAAUGAUCUCAUUAGUAAUGUGUUCGAGAUUGGCGCUUCGGUCAUUACCAGUUUUGCUGCACGCGCCUUGGGAUCGAUCAGACAUGAUGGUAAAGAGGUAUUUUGUUUCAGUGCCAUGGCGCAAUCAAGUAUUGCCUUGAUCCUUCCGGGUUUCAUGGUACUUUGCGCAUCACUGGAGCUCCAAAGUAAGCAUAUCGUAGCUGGAUCUGUUCGAAUGGUAUACGCGAUCAUCUACUCGCUCUUCCUGGGGUUCGGUAUCACGAUUGGCACAGUGCUCUACGGUAUGAUGGAUAGCAAUGCCACCUCGAAGACGAAAUGUGACGAGCCGAUGUCUACCAACUUCUACUAUCUCUUCGUACCCGCAUUUUCCAUCUGUCUCAUGAUCGUCAACCAGGCCAAGUACAAACAGAUCCCAUCCAUGACGGUCAUCGCGUUCAUCGGCUGGGUUGUCAAUUUCCACUCCUCCAAGUACUUCAAGAGCAAUGCGCAGGUCAGUAAUACACUUGGUGCCCUUGCGAUUGGUAUCGCUGCCAAUGCCCACGCUCGUUUCGGCCGACACGUAGAGAAUUGGUGUCUGGAUACCUGGGAGCAUAUGAUCCGCCCUCGUGUGAUGAAGGCACGUAAGACCUACCUGCGGAAGUCUCAUGGUCCUAUUCGCACGCACAAGAUCGAACGGUCGGAGUAUGAUCCUACAUACAAUAGCAGCCAGGCUACAUCGCGGGCUAGCUCAGUCAGCGACUUUGUCCCACAUACGCGCAAAAUCGGGUACGGCCUGGCUGCCGCAGCUAUGUUGCCAGCUAUCUUCGUGCAGGUCCCGUCCGGCCUGAGUGUCCAAGGCUCGCUGGUUCAAGGUCUCACCUCUGCAGAUCAAAUUGUCCGGAACAGUACUGGAACCAACGCAACCACGAUUAGUCCCGUCGAUGUGGGCGGGUCUAGCACCAUCAACAGCAUAGCCCUCGAUGUUGGUUUCUCAGUCGUCCAAAUCGCCAUUGGUAUUACCGUUGGCCUUUUCCUGGCUGCGCUCAUCGUCUACCCACUUGGAAAAAGGAGAUCUGCAUUUCUUGGAGUUGUAAUCGAGCAUUUGCUGGCGUUGGCUGGCGUUGUCUACAUUUUGUACAUGUUCGCUCGAUUCAUCCGCGAAGCCCAACUCUUGCAUGCUACAGAGGCACUUCGAUGCUAUAGUCUUGUAGGACAAACGCUCCCCAACUGCGGCAAGGAGGGUGGAGAUCUCAGUUGGUAUGGCUCGAGCUCCCUUGUGGAAGUGAGAGUGGAGAUUACCUGGUACCAACAAACGUCCUUCAAAGCACCCUCUUGUUCAAAUAUCCCCUUCAACGGAUCACCGUUAUUCAUGGCACGCUUCACCCAGCUCGUAGCGCUUCUGGCGUCUGCGACUCUCGGUACCGCUCGGACUCCCUUUCUAAGAGAAAGACAGGUGCCUGCUGACCCAACGGGGGUUAAAACAAUCACUUCGCAGCAAGGAGCAGAGAUAAGAUAUAAGCAGCCUGGUAAAGAGGGUGUCUGUGAGACGACCGAAGGAGUCGAUGACUAUGCCGGAUACAUCAGCCUCUCACCCACACAGAACAUGUUCUUCUGGUUCUUCGAAGCUCGCGAAAAUCCAAAGACGGCUCCACUCACGCUGUGGCUGAAUGGCGGCCCAGGGAGUGACUCGAUGAUUGGCUUGUUUCAAGAGCUGGGUCCUUGCAAUGUGACUGAAGACCUGAAAACCCAACUCAAUCCUUAUGCCUGGAAUUCUGUUUCAAAUAUGCUAUUCUUGUCGCAGCCGGUGGGCGUCGGGUUCUCUUAUGAGACUACACGCAAUGACAGCGAAGGAAGAUAUUCGCUCGUCGAUCUGGAUACUGCGAAUACCACCGAGGCGGCUGCGGUGGGUGCCUGGCACAUUCUUCAGGCGUUCCUUGAGCUGAGCCCGCAAUUGGACCCUGACAUCAAUAACUUCACGUUCAAUCUUUGGACGGAAAGCUACGGUGGCCAUUACGGCCCAGCGUUCUAUAACUACUUCUAUCAGCAAAACGAGGCCAUCAAAAAUGACUCAAUCGCCGGUGUCGAGAUCCAGAUGGACACUCUUGGUAUUAUUAACGGUGUCAUUGAUGAACAGAUUCAGGCUCCCUAUUAUCCCGAAUUUGCUGUCAACAAUACCUACGGCAUUAAGGCUAUCAACGACACGAUCUAUACAUUUAUGAAGCAGGCAUACUAUAUGCCGGAAGGCUGCCACGACCAGAUCGAGUACUGCAAGAAAGCCGAUCGCUCAACAGAAGAUGGCCAGCUUACCUGCUCAUCAGCGACAAAUCUCUGCCGAUCACUCGUUGAGGAGCCAUACUACGCAUUCGGCGGUCGUGGAGUCUACGAUAUUAGGCACCCAUAUGACGACCCAACCCCACCGGAUUAUUUCAUGGACUUCCUAAAUCUUGCGUCUACCCAGGAGGCCCUCGGAGUGAAUAUCAACUACACCUCGUCAAAUGCGCCCAACGUCAGCUUAGGCUUUGCAUCAACAGGUGAUUUUAUCUACCCCAACUUCAUCGAAGACCUCAACGAGAUCCUCGGAUACGGUGUUCGCGUUGCUCUUCUCUAUGGAGAUGCUGACUACAUUUGCAACUGGUUCGGAGGCGAAGCAGUUUCUCUGGCUGCAAACUUCACCGACUCGGAAGCCUUCGCUGCAGCUGGCUACACACCAUUUCUCGUCGAUGGCGUCGAGUAUGGCGAGGUGAGAGAGUAUGGCAACUUCAGCUUCACGAGAAUGUAUGAGGCAGGUCACGAGGUACCAUAUUACCAGCCUCUAGCCAGUCUCGAGCACUUCAGGAGGACAUUGAACCACCUUGUCAUUGCAGAUGGCAGCAAAGUGGUUACCGAUGACUAUGGCACCAACGGGACGGCGACUUCAACGCACACGGAGAGCUUUGUGCCGUUACCCCCUUCAAGUACGCCAACCGCUGUUUGA